AUGCGGUUUGACAGUGAUGAUCAUACCGAUGGUGAUAGCCCAGAUGAAUUUGAUAGUCAAAAGAACAGCGAUGAUGAUGUUGUUGGGAAGGCGCCAUUUUUCUGUAAUGAUGACAAAUUUGAUCCUAGAUUUGCAUUGGGAAUGCAAUUUAGUAAUAAAAAGGAAUUUCGGGAGGCCAUUCAUUCUCAUGCCAUUAUGACUAGAAGAAAUCUUGUGAGAACAAGAAAUGACAAUAAGAGGAUUUAUGCAAGAUGUAAGGCCGACGGGUGUUCAUGGCAUAUUAAUGCAGUGAAGAUACGAGAUGAAUUGGGAUUUCAGAUCAGGGAGUACAAUCAUGUGCACAUUUGUGGGUCCAGUUUCAAUGUGAAGAAUGUGAGGAUAAAUUGGCUAUCACAAAAGUAUGUGGAGGCAUUCAGAUCUGAUCCCAAUAGAAGUGCGAAAGGUUUCAGACAAGAUGUAAUCAGACAGCUACGCUGCAAUGUGUCUAGGGGACAAGCAUACGCGACAAAAAGAAGAUGUCUACAAGAAAUACAAGGGGAUGGAGCUGAGCAAUAUGCAAGACUGUGGGAUUAUGCUGGUGCUUUGAAAAACAAGAAUCCAGGCUCAACAAUAAUCAUGAACCUAGAAGAUGCUGAUGCAAUAGGAAAGAAAAAAUUUAAAAGGUUUUAUGUGUGUUUUGCAGCAGUAAAGAAUGGAUUCUUGAGUGGAUUAGUUCUGAGUGAAAACAAAGAAAAUUGGGAAUGGUUUCUAACAUUAUUAAAGGAAGAUUUGAACAUUAUAAGGGAUGAUGCCUACACCUUCAUUUCAGACAAACAAAAGGGCAUUUUACUAGCAUUUGAAAAGGUUCUUCUUGGAGUAGAAAACAGAUUUUGCGUGAGACAUCUUCAUGGUAACAUGAAGACUGCUGGCUUCAAGGGGUUGGGGUACAAAAAGGCUUUAUGGAAGGCAGCAAAGACUACUACAGUCAGUCAAUUUCAAAGAGCAAUGCAAGACAUAGCUGAGUUGGAUGUAAGAUGCCUUGAGUGUUGUAUCCUCGAGGCAAGAGAGAAGCCUAUAUUGACAAUGUUGGAGUGGAUAAGAGAGUAUGUAAUAACCAGAAUGCAACAACUUAGGGAUAGGGCUGAGAGGUUGUGGGAAGGUAGGAAAUUAUGCCCAAGGAUAAAAAAAAUUGUGGAUAAUAAUCUGAAAAAAGCCGCUGAUUGCAUCCCAGUGAAGUCUGACGACAUACAUUAUGAGGUACAAUGUUUUGAUGGUGCAAGAUACACAGUUGACUUGAAGGAAAAAACUUGCUCUUGUAGAUCAUGGGAUUUGACAGGUAUCCCAUGCAACCAUGCAAUGAGUGCAAUAUCUGCACAAGUUCUGGAUCCUGAUGACUUUGUGCACAAGUGUUAUAAUGUUGACACUUUCUGCAAGGUAUAUGCACCAGCAAUCAUGCCUCUUGAUGGACUAGAAAUGUGGGAAAAAGCUGGUUACAUUCCACCUGUGCCUCCAAAUUUUGGGAGGAAAAAGGGGAGGCCUGCAAGGGCAAGAAGAUUGGAACCCGACGAGGUUCGGAAGGGCAAGAAACCUGCAACUAUAAUUGACAAAUUGCCAAGGCAAAGAGGAAAAAGGAUAUGCAAAUUCUGUCAUCAAGUAGGACACACCACAAAAGGUUGUAAGUGGAAGAAAUUUGCUGAAGAAUUUCCAGUCGAUGAUGGGUUUGAGCAGGCUGUAGCAACUGAACAUGUAACAGCACCUGUACAACAAGAUGAGGUGAUUGUGAAUGAAGAUUGCCCCUCAGUAAGCCAACCUGAAGUAGUUAGUCAACCUGAAACUGAUGGUUCUUGUUGUUGUUCAUGUUUCGAUGCUGGUGUUGGUGUUGGUGUUGUUGUUCAUGUUUCGAUGCUGGGACAAGUUCAAAUUGAUGUCCCUGUAUUAGUACCAGCACCACGUUUCAUGCAUGCAAGGGUCAAUAUUAGAGCACCACCACCUAUGGUAGGACACCCUCCUGGUUUUGUUUCUCGUCCCACACAAGUGCAACUUGUUGAUUUUGAUGCCUCAACUCAAUCGAGCAAGGCCUCCGAUCCAAAGAGGACGGGGGUCUGCAGGUGCAGGGAGAUUGAUCAGAGAUCAUCAUGA